CUUCAUCCUCUUCUUCUUCUCAUUUUCAAGCUCCGCAGCUAUUGCUACAGGCAUUGUUGGUCGUCACGGAACCUACAAUGCCAUGGCCAAACAUCUGGCCAUUCAGAGCAAAGGCCGAAGAUGAAAAUGCCAGCGAUGCCAACCAAAAUCUGGAUAGUUUGAAGGAUGCGUCGAGACAUGUUGUGGAAAGCAUCGAACACGAUAUUAAAUCCUCAUCCUGGAGCGACUUUGCGCAGCCCACAACGAUCAUCUCCUCGGUCGUGCUCACGAGCGCGGUGCUCCUGAGCAUCCGCAUCUACAAGCGGCAUCUGCGGCAGAUACCCAGCGUGCAGCACAUUCGGCCGGAGGCGCUGCGAAAGAGCAGCGUGUUCGGCAAGGUCACCUCCGUCGGCGACGGCGACAACUUUCGACUUUUCCACACGCCCGGCGGGCGACUUGCCGGCUGGGGCUGGCUUCCCUGGCGCAGAGUGCCGGCGGACAAGGCUGGGCUGAAGGACAAGACGUUGCACGUCCGUAUCGCGGGCAUCGACGCGCCGGAGCUGGCGCACUUUGGGCGGCCCGCGCAGCCGUACGGGCAGGAGGCGCUGGACUUUCUGACGGGGUACAUCCUGCACCGCCGCGUGAGAGCGUACUUGCAUCGAAAGGACCAGUACGGGCGCGUGGUGGGCACGGUGUGGGUGCGCCGCUGGGGGCUCCGACGCGAUGUCGGGCUGGAGAUGCUCAAGAGGGGCCUGGCGACGGUGUACGAGGCCAAGUUUGGCAGCGAGUUUGGCGGCAGGGAGGAGCUGUACCGCGCGGCGGAAAGAAAGGCCAGGCUCAAGGGCGUGGGCAUGUGGAAAGAACCGAGCGUGUGGCAGCGGCUGCUGGGCGCGAAGAAGCCAGGCAGCGAGAGCCCAAGGGAGUACAAGACACGCAUGAGAGAGCUGGAGCAGACACAAGCGCAAGCGCAGGCGCAGCCACAGGAGAGAGCGAAGUAAGGUCAAAAGGCCAUGCUCAGAGGACCGUUUGUUCAAGCUGUUUACGCACUGAUAGCGUCUAGAUACCCCGGGAGCUCUGCUGAGAGUACGAAAAUAACCUAAUCAACAUAAUCUACACGUACACAUCGUAGACGUGACCUCUACGAGCCAUUCCCCUCACCGUUCAUCGUGGAGCUCAUGUCGGAGGUCUUUUGAGUGCCCCAUGGUGCACGUGACCGGCCAACGGCAAACGGACCACUGCUUCCUGGCUUCCAGCGGUGGGUCGUCGGCAUCAGGCACCUGUGAUCUCGGAAGCCGAGCCAAUGCGUUGGGGCGUCCGCAUGUGUGUGUGUGUGCGCACGGAGUCUUUUUGGUACUGGUGGUGAGCCCUUGCGCGAUGAUCCCCACAUUCAACGCCUUUCAGCAUCUGCAAUGCUACCGACGGGAAA